AUGUCGUUUGCCGACCGUAAACAGUGGGUGAGCCCGACCGACGGCCAUCGCCGACGCCGUGUGCUGUCGCUCGUCUCUGUCGUCGUCGUGGCCACCAGCAUUCUAUCGACGCUAUACGUCUUUCUAUGGCCGCAUCUGGUCAAGUUCCGCCCCCGGCUAGAUCUGACGUGGUAUGACUGGGGGUUAUAUGGCUUCUACCCGUCGCAGAGCUAUGCCUCCUUUGAGUACGAGUCGCCCUCGGUCGAAUUCGCCCACUGGGAUCCUCGAUGUGACGAGCGAUACACCUUCUUCGCCCCGCGCGGCGACUCCAUCCACAGCCCCGGCCCGAUGAUCCUCGAUGCUCAGGGGGAACUGGUCUACUUGCAGCCCAACAUGGGGGUGACACAGGACUUCAAGGUGGUGCAGUACCGUGGGGAAAGCUUCUUGGCGUACUGGGAGGGCGAGGAGGUCGCAGGCCACGGCGAUGGCUCCUGGUACAUGCUUGACUCUACGUACACGCAACGGUUCGAGAUCCGACCGCUCGGCGGCAUCGGUGGUGAUCUACAUGAAUUCAUGAUCACGGACAACGACACGGCUCUGGUUUCGAUCUACGAGACGAUUCCCGCUGACUUAUCGUCAAUUGGAGGCCCUGAGGAGGGAUACCUGAUCGAUGGUGUUUUCCAGGAGAUCGACAUUGCGACGGGCGAGCUGCUUUUCGAGUGGCAUGCCUCCCACCACUACCCCGUCAACAGCACGUACGAGAAGCUCAAGGGAAGGGGCCGCGACCGCGAUUCGGCGUUUGACUACUUCCACCUCAACAGCAUCGAGAAAGACCACGAGGGUCAUUACCUGAUCUCGGCGCGGCACACACACACGGUCACCAGCAUUGACCGCGAGACGGGCGCCGUGCGGUGGACGCUGGGUGGGCGCGCCAACGACUUCACGGACGCGUCGGACGGCGCCGCGACGGAUUUCGCGUGGCAACACGACGCCCGCUGGCACGGCACCCACACGCUGACGCUGAUGGACAACGCAGUCCACAGCAACAGCGACCCGGCGCCGCAGAGCCGCGGCAUGCUCAUCGAUCUGGACGUGCCGAACCGCGUGGCGACGCUGCGCACGGCCUUCUACCACCCACAGCAGAUGAAGGUGGUGUCGCAGGGCAACGUGCAGCUGGUGCCCGGCAGCCACGGGCCCGACGACGACGGCGACCAUGUGAUUGUCGGCUGGGGUCACAGCGCGGCGUUUACCGAGUACACGGCCGAGGGCGAGUUGCUGUGCGACGUGCACUUUGGCGCCUCGAUGUUCUUCACCUUUGGCCGGGUGGUCUCGUACCGCACCUUCAAGGGCGACUGGGUCGGGCGGCCGCGGACCUCCCCGAGCGCCGCCGUCGCGGGAGACAAUGUGUACGUCAGCUGGAACGGCGCGACCGAGGUGGCCACCUGGCAGCUGGAGGUGUGGGACGGCGAGCAUCUCGACGGCGAGCAGGAGAUGGCAUUCCAACCGGUCAACCAGGCGCCGCGCGACGGGUUCGAGACCGAGAUCGAGUUGCCGGCAGAGGUCCACGACCGGUUCGUGCGGGUGGCUGCGCUGGACGCGGCGGGCGAAGUGCUAGGCCGCACACCCAUCGUGCGUCGCGCCCCGGGCUGGACACUGGCCGGCUUCUUCGCUGCCCAGUCCGCGGGCGUCCUCGUCAUGUACGUCAUGGGCGGCUGCUGCCUCCUGCUGGGCAUGUACUGGGGGUGUCAUCUGCGGAUGGAACGCUGGCGCGCCAAGCAGCAGGAGUACCAUCUCGUCCCCCUUCGCGAUGAAGAAGCUAGUCCCGAGUGA